GGAGAAGGAGGAGGCGGCGAAUCACUUAUAAAUGGCGCCGAAGCAGGACCCGAAGCCUAAAUUCCAGGAGGGUGAGCGAGUGCUAUGCUUUCAUGGGCCUCUUCUUUAUGAAGCAAAGUGUGUAAAGGUUGCCAUAAAGGACAAACAAGUGAAAUACUUUAUACAUUACAGUGGUUGGAAUAAAAAUUGGGAUGAAUGGGUUCCAGAAAGCAGAGUACUCAAAUACGUGGAUACCAAUCUGCAGAAACAGCGAGAACUUCAAAAAGCCAAUCAGGAGCAGUAUGCAGAGGGGAAGAUGAGAGGGGCUGCCCCCGGGAAGAAGACAUUUGGUCUGCAACAGAAAAAUGUUGAAGUGAAAACAAAAAAGAACAAGCAGAAAACACCUGGAAAUGGAGAUGGUGGCAGUACCAGUGAGACACCUCAGCCUCCUCGGAAGAAAAGGGCCCGGGUAGAUCCUACUGUUGAAAAUGAGGAAACAUUCAUGAACAGAGUCGAAGUUAAAGUAAAGAUUCCUGAAGAACUAAAACCAUGGCUUGUUGAUGACUGGGACUUAAUUACCAGGCAAAAACAGCUCUUUUAUCUUCCUGCCAAGAAGAAUGUGGACUCCAUUCUAGAGGAUUAUGCGAACUACAAGAAAUCUCGAGGAAACACAGAUAAUAAGGAGUAUGCUGUUAAUGAAGUUGUGGCAGGGAUAAAAGAAUACUUCAAUGUAAUGUUGGGCACUCAGCUACUCUACAAAUUUGAGAGACCACAGUAUGCUGAAAUCCUCGCAGAUCACCCUGAUGCACCCAUGUCCCAGGUGUAUGGAGCGCCACAUCUACUGAGAUUAUUUGUACGAAUCGGAGCGAUGUUGGCCUAUACACCCCUGGAUGAGAAGAGCCUUGCUUUAUUACUGAAUUAUCUUCACGAUUUCUUAAAGUACCUGGCAAAAAAUUCUGCAACUUUGUUUAGUGCCAGCGAUUAUGAAGUGGCUCCUCCUGAAUACCAUCGGAAAGCUGUGUGAGAAGUGCUCUCACUUAUGUUUAGAUCUCUGUAAACACAUUUUUGUUCUUAGUCCUUCUCUUGUACAAAUGAUGUACUUUGAAAAUGUUAGUGUAUAACAGA